UGUCUGCGGUGCCUGCUGGACACGUAAGAUGGAGACAGAGAGUUGUUUGCCUUUCUCUUCGCAGACCAGCAGGAGGACGCCAGAUAACUCGCCCAGAGUAGAGCACAGCAGCUCUGGCUCUUUUCUCCCCUGCGAUGAGCUGCAGAAACCCCCGCAUCUUCCUCCUCCUCUCCCUCACCGCCUCAGCCUGCGUGGGGACCUGUACGCCGCCGCCAUGGGAAGGUUUGGGGAUGCUGCUGGGGACUUUACGCACGGCGCAGCGUCGGCCAACUCCCCCGCAUCUCCGUCCAAGCACAGCAAGUUCUUGGAGGGUUUGAACCAGGAUCAAAAGGGGGCAGUGAUGAACGGCAAGGCAGCGUUUUAUGAGAACAGCUCGGAAGUCAGAGAGAAAGCAGCCCCAAAGACCAUGGGCUAUCCCGGCAUUGGCACAGACUGUUGUGGCAAGCUUAAAGAGCCGGGUGCCGCUCUGCAGGGGGACUUGAUCGCAGACUCCAUCGACCUGUCAGGCAAGAACAAGAAACGGCGCAAUCGUACUACCUUCAGCACCUUCCAGCUGGAGGAGCUGGAGAAAGUCUUUCAGAAGACACACUACCCAGAUGUGUACGCUCGGGAGCAGCUGGCCCUGAGGACCGAGCUCACUGAGGCCCGGGUUCAGGUGUGGUUCCAGAACCGUAGAGCCAAGUGGAGGAAACGGGAACGCUAUGGAAAGAUCCAGGAGGUCCGCAACCACUUUGCGGCUACAUAUGAUAUCUCUCUGCUCCCUCGCCAUGAUGCGUACCAGAUGCAGGGCAACCUGUGGGCUGGGGCGGCUCCGGGAGGGGGCGGGGGUUCAGGUCCUGGCUGUGUCCUGGGAGCGGACUCCAUCCCCUCGUCGUGCAUGAGUCCAUACCCUCACCCCCACAGCAAUCUGCAGGGCUUCAUGGGCAUGCCUUCGUCCCCCAGCCACCCCCACCACCACCACCCGCCUCACCAUCCAGGCAUCAAUGGCCUCUACUCACUCCACAGCUUUCCGGGAGGCCUCGGGCCUCCUUCCAUCGAGGGGCCCGAGGCUGACUACAAGCCGACGGGCCUCGUGGCUCUGCGUAUGAAAGCCAAAGAGCCGGGCAGCAUCCUCUCCUGGCCUACAUGACCACUACAGUGCCAGCACCCCAUUCUGCACUGAGCCAAAGCAUAUAAACAGUCCAACAUAUGACUCAAAUAAUUCCUCCUAACAUUUAUGUAAGCUUAGAGACUUUUCACAAUUCAGAAGAUUUUGGAAUAUGAAUUUCAGGAACAUUGAGGGCAACUGGAGCCUCUAGAACAAAAACCCAGUCCGUUAAUAGGAACUUUAUUGUUUCCAUUUGUUGUUUGAUGUCCUAUUGUUGAGACCAAAGAAGAAAAUUAUUUAAGCAUGUAAAAAUUGUAAGUAUGAUUGUAAUCAUUGUUCUUUUUUCUCUGUUGUGCUUUAUAGUGUGACCAGUAAUAAA